AGCACCAAAGACAGAGUCAAUCUUGAAGAAGAAUGCUAACAAAAUAAUUUUUUUGUUGAUAGGUCAUUGGCAGCUUAGUGGUUCUCCAAUACCAAAAAAAUCUCUUGAUCUUUUAACAUUUUCCAGAAUGAAAAGUUCUAUAGAAAGUUUUAAUUCCCACACCUAUCUGGCAAUCCAUGCAGUGCUUCUUGUGUUUCUAUUCUCAUUUUCUCUCAAAUAUGCAGCAGCAGCUGCUUUCCAUGGCAAUGAAACUGACAAGCUUGCCUUACUUGGGUUCAAGUCCCAAAUAACUGAGGAUCCAUCAAGAGUUUUCGCCUCUUGGAACGAAUCUGUUCAUUUCUGUAGGUGGACUGGAGUAAAAUGUGGCCCGAGACAGGAAAGAGUCAUCAGUUUGAAUCUAAAAGGGCUGAGUCUGGCAGGUAUAAUCUCAGGCCAUCUCGGAAAUCUUUCUUUGCUAACUUCUCUUGACCUAGCAGAAAAUUCCCUCCACGAUGAAAUUCCUCCACAACUCAGCACGCUGACAAGGCUCCAAUACCUGAAUUUGAGUUUUAACUAUCUAAAAGGGGAAAUUCCAGUUAAUCUAUCACUUUGUGUUAACCUCAAGAGCCUUGUCCUGGACCACAACAAUCUUGUGGGACAUAUUCCUUACCAAGUUGGAUCGUUAAUGAAGUUACAGAAAUUGUAUUUCAGAAAUAACAACCUGACAGGAGUCUUUCCAGGUUCUCUUGGAAAUCUUACAUCUUUAGAAGAGUUGUAUUUAUCAUACAACAAUCUAGAGGGAGAAGUGCCAGCUUCUUUAGCUCAAUUGACCAAGUUGAGACUGCUUGGAUUGUCGGUAAACAACUUAUCUGGGGAGUUCCCUCCUUCGCUAUACAAUGUGUCAUCCCUGGAAUUAAUAGCACUUUCCUUCAACAACUUUUCUGGUAAUCUCAGAUCCGAUUUAGGCCACUACUUUCCUAAUCUCCAAAGGCUUUACUUGGCGAACUGUCACUUCAUUGGCUCCAUUCCAUCCUCUUUGUCCAAUGCUUCAAAAUUGCUACAGCUUGAUUUUCCUGAAAACAAUUUCACUGGGAAUAUACCAAAGGGUUUUGGCAACUUGCGGAAUUUGUUGUGGCUCAAUGUUAAUCGUAACCAUCUUGGGUACGGUAAGCAUGACGACCUUGACUUUGUAAAUUCUCUUACCAACUGCAGCAGUCUACAAAUGCUCCAUUUGGGAGACAACCAGUUCGUAGGUACAUUACCCCAUUCAGUAGUCAACCUUUCUAGUCAGAUACAACGCCUACUCAUCUACGGGAACAGAAUUGGUGGAAGCAUACCCAGAGAAAUCUCAAACCUGGUGAAUUUGAAUCUUCUCGACAUGAGUAAAAGCAAUCUUACAGGUCGCAUUCCAGAUUCUAUUGGAAGACUUACAAACUUGGGAAGUCUCAACUUGGAUAGCAAUCUCUUGACAGGGGUAAUCCCUUCUUCAAUAGGAAACCUCACAGCACUCGUCUAUCUUUACUUGCCACGUAACAAGUUAGAGGGUAACAUACCUUCAACCUUGGGUAAAUGUAACCAACUUCUAAGAUUGGACAUUUCUGACAACCACCUGACUGGAACUAUACCACAACAACUUAUUGCUCUCUCAUCCCUCACAAAAAUUUAUGCAUUUUAUAACUCUUUGACAGGUCCGAUACCGGUGUAUAUUGGCAACUGGAGCCAUCUCACCUAUCUUGAUUUUUCUUAUAACAACUUUUCGGGUAUGAUUCCACGAUCUCUGGGAAAAUGCUUGUCCUUGGAAGAGAUCUAUAUGAAGGGAAAUUCCCUCCAAGGAACCAUUCCCGAUUUAGAAGAUUUGCAGGAUCUCCAGUCCUUGGAUCUUUCCCUCAAUAACCUAUCAGGGCCAAUACCUCACUUCAUUGCAAAUCAUACUUCCUUACACUCCUUGAAUUUGUCUUUUAACAAUCUAGAGGGUGAGGUUCCUAUCACCGGAAUAUUUUCAAACUUGAGUGCAGAUGUAUUUGUUGUGAACUCCAAGCUUUGUGGUGGGAUUCAAGAGCUGCAUUUACAACCUUGUGUUUAUCAUAAAACUCAAAAGACGCAGAAGAAGCAUGUACUAGCCCUCAAGUAUAUUUUGACAAUUGUUUUUGCUGCUUCAUUUUCAACCCUGGCCUUGUUAGUAGUUUUCGUUUGUUGGAGAAGAAAUUUGAAGGAUCGACCAGAACAAGAAGAUAGGUCUGAAUCUGCACGUUUCUACCCCAAUAUUUCUUAUGAAGAGCUUCGCAUUGCAACUGGUGGAUUUUCUUCCGAAAAUCUUAUUGGCUCAGGCAGUUUCGGAUCUGUUUACAAGGGAACUUUUACCUCUGAUGGAAUGGUCGUUGCUGUCAAGGUACUCAAUCUCCAACAUCACGGUGCUUCAAAAAGCUUCACAGCAGAAUGCCAAGCAUUGAGAAACAUUAGGCACCGGAACCUUGUCAAGGUUAUCAGUGCAUGCUCAAGUUCUGAUUUCAAGGGAAAUGACUUUAAAGCUUUAGUGUUUCAGUUCAUGCCAAAAGGGAACUUGGACGAAUGGCUACAUCCAGAAACGGAGAUACAGAAGAGUAGCUUGACCAUACUUCAGAGAAUGAAUAUCAUAAUAGAUGUGGCCUCUGCACUUCAUUAUCUUCACCAUCAGUGCCCAACACCCAUGAUUCACUGUGAUAUAAAACCACAGAACAUUCUUCUUGAUGAAGAUCUCACAGCUCAUCUGGGUGAUUUCGGUUUGGUGAAACUCGUUCUUGGAUUCAGUAAUGCACCAGAACCACAUCUGUUUAGCUCACUUGGAGUUAUGGGAACCAUUGGCUAUGCAGCUCCAGAAUAUGGCAUGGGCAGUAAGGUCUCCAUAUUAGGUGAUAUAUACAGUUUUGGGAUUCUAAUAUUGGAGAUAUUCACGGGAAGAAGACCCACAGACCAUUUGUUCCAACCAAGCUCUAGUCUCCACCACUUUGCGGAAACAGCGUUGCCAGAGAAAGUUAUGGAGAUUCUACAUAAAACAGCUUUCCAUGGAGAGAUGACGAGUAAAGCAACCGAUGGAGAAGAAUGCUGGGCCAGUAUCAAGAAAGAACAGAUGGAAUGCUUGGUUGGCAUACUUGAGAUUGGAGUUGCAUGUUAAGAGCAGAAGAUGCAUGAAGAGGGGAUUUGAGGCCACAGGCUAUAAAUGAAAGCAUUGAAUUAUUUGAUCUAAAAUGUUUGGCUGUCUUACAUUCUGUCUAUUUGGUAAGAAAACAUUGUACUCUUACUUAUUGUUAUCAGAAGCAAAAGGCGCAAAAAACUCUAAGGUCCGUUGGGGCUUUAAGAGCACUCACAAAUAAAGUGUGAGCUUUAAUGCAAAA